CGGGCGACCCUUACGCUGCACGUUACGUCUCUUUUCAACUCUGUAAAUUGUUCGGCAUCCCCUCGUCGGCAGACAUAUACAUGUGCUACCCUCCAUACAACCAACUCGCGACGGUCCGCAACCACAAUCAACGCGCUCGAUCAAGAAUCACGCAGCCCACGCAUCUCUCUCCUGAAUCCUGAGCACUUUGCGACACUUGAGUAGAACCGCUUUGUGCUAAUUUGCGUCUACUCUGACGCUUGCCUUGCUGCGCUAGGGCCAAUUUUGUUACCCUCUUGUCCACUCCAUUCGGACCUUUGUCGUCUAUCACACGCAUCGGGCGGCCGACUACUUUACCUCGCUCUCGAUAGCGUGUUCAACUCUCAACCAAGCUCACCAUGGAUCACGGCUCGAUGAGCAGCUCCACGGCCGACUGCAAGAUGUCGAUGCUGUGGAACUGGUACACCAUUGAUGCUUGUUUUCUCUCCGAAACGUGGCAGAUAAAAAACGGCGGCAUGUUUGCCGCCAGCUGCAUCGGUGUUAGUCUGCUCACUGUAUUCCUCGAAGUCUUCCGCCGUCUCGGGAAGGAAUAUGAUGCUCUCAUCCAGCGCCAGUUCCAAGCCCGCGCCGCCGAACUCCAGGCUCGCAUACCGAAGGAAACCAACUGCUGCGAAACCCAGGCCGUCGUUGCGCCGCAAACCCUCGUCUUCCGUGCAUCGCCUUUGCAGCAGUUCAUCCGGUCCAUAAUCCACGCUGCUACGUUCGGUCUUGCAUACAUUGUCAUGUUGCUGGCCAUGUACUACAAUGGGUAUCUCAUCAUAUCCAUCAUCAUUGGGGCUGGCCUUGGCAAGUUUCUAUGCGACUGGCUCGUCGUCCGCGUCGUCUUGGAAGCCCCCGCAGCAUCAACCUCUACUGCUGUUGGCAUUGAGGAGCCGAGUGUGUGCUGCGGUUGAUCAUUCGCAGGGGAGCGGGGUGGGGAUGUUUUGAGUUGUUGUCACUUGGGGCGUUUUGAGGUGCAUCAUAACCGGGCGUUGGUGCGCUGGGACGGUUCGCGUUGCAUUUAGGGGCCGCGUUUGUUCCCUUCUAGUGAAGAGCCGAUGAUGCAAACCCAGUUGUAAUGAAUAUGCUGGCUGCUCGUCUGAUAUUGAGCACGAAUAUAUAUAUACCCAUUGUUGUCUCCUGUCUUGGCACCAUUUCGCAAUGAUUUCACGUGGAAAUAUCGAGCACCGGGACUUGGCCACUUGUUGGUCGUAUUUGCCCUCUGCCGAAGGAAAGUCCUGGAACCUGGCGAGAGAGUCUCUUCGAACAGCUACGGCUCGAGUUUCGAUGCAGCCCAUGUCUUUGAAAGUAGAUGAAAAGCCGAUCGGGUUCUAUAAUCUUGAAGACCAACUCGUCAGAAAACGUUCUCUUCAAAACCCCGGUACAACAAGGCCUUGUCGCCUCAACCGCGUGUAAAAAUGCACAACUGUCGUUGGGCAAGCUUGAAACAGACUGGACAGCGGAGAUCUAGAAGAGCGAACCAUGACGAAAGCCGCUUUGCAUGUGCGUAUGGUCAGGGGAGCAACGGUGGAUAGACCAGUACUGUGUGUGCCCUUGAGGAGAGCGAGUAUGCAGCUGGUUCGGCAACGACCCCUCCCCUUUAUUAUGGUUUCCCGAAGCUGCCGUGACAUCCCAUUCCUUUUGUUGUACCCCCCUCCCC